UAAAAAAUAAAAAGAAAACACAACCGGUUCUUGCUCCUUUGCUCAUCUGUGUGUUGCAAUAAUGGCUCGUCCUUCUGCUCCAUCCUUAUCGGCCCUUGCUGCUUUGCUCUUGAGUUUAGGCUUCGCACUGGUCUUACCUCAAUUAGUUCUAUGUGUUGCAACCACGACUCAUUCCGAGGGCCAAGAAAACUUUGAUCCAUCUUUAUCAACCCCAACAUUGACACAUGAAUAUGAGGUCUUUGUUAGCUUUCGUGGGGCCGAUAUCCGCACAGGCUUUAAAAGCCAUUUUUUUGCUGCUUUAAACCAUAAAAGGAUUGGUGCAUAUAGAGAUGACAUAGAUCUCCCUAGAGGGGGAGAGAUUGGACCUGAGUUGUUGAAGGCAAUUGAGACUUCAAGGAUUGCAGUUGUUGUGUUCACAAAAAAUUAUGCUACUUCGGAUUGGUGCCUUGAUGAGCUGGUGAAGAUCAUGGAAUGCAAAAGGCUUUUAAAUCAAAUGGUGCUGCCUAUAUUCUAUGGUGUGUCUCAGUCCGAGGUGCUAGAACAGAAGGGAGUUUUUGCAAAGGCGCUCUUAAAGGGCCCUAAAGACAAGGUUAACAAUUGGAGAGCUGCAUUGAUGGAGGCCGCAAACUUGGCAGGCUUGCAUUCAGAACAAUAUAGUCUAGAGUCAGAGUUUAUAGAGGAAAUUGUGGAGAACAUUUGGAAAAUAGUAAAUGAGGAGGAAUCAGCUACCGCCCCAUCCCGUCGUCAGAUUUAUGUUUCUGGUCAACACGCUGUACCAAUCAUCCCUCCGCAAAAUGACGCUUCAUCCCGUCAUAAUCAUAUUUCUGAGUCAAAUCCCUUUUCUUUUCUUUUUUUGGAUAAAAAUUCUUAG